AUCAAUGCUUGCCUAACUGGUAUUGUAAUUUGAGCCUAAAAAUUCUGAUCCUGGGCUGAACCGUGAUUCUCCCCAAGUUUUAGGAUUGGCAUGAUCUGAUGCCAAUCUGAUGGUGUCAAAGUAAUUCCUCAUCAAAAUACUUUGAUCAUCUGAUUCUGAUUUGAUCUACAAUAUUCUCUUGGGUGGACAGUGGACCCAUAGCCAUAGGGAAAGACGUUUCUUCCUGUCUUUGUGUGAAUGAGGUUCUUGACUUCUUGUUUUGACCAUACCAGACGUAGGACGGAGAAUCUGCACUGCCGCCGACUUGAUUUCGCGCCUUUUACAAUUUAAGCUGUGUUUGGUUUGACAGAGAAGAUAGGGAAAGGAAGGGAAACCUUACCAAGUCUACCUUAGAGUGAUGCACGACUACGAGUGAAUCGGUGAUCUGAUCAUCUCAAUUCUCAACUAUUAUAUCUAUUUGGCCAUUUCUAUAUCUGUCUCUCCGACUCCGACCGCGUUACACAGACAGAGUCUAGAUUUCAGCAUGAAUGAGAAUCCCCUUCCAUUUUCUUAAGCCCUUCGAAAGACUCGUUGCACCCCCUAACCUUUUUCCAUAUGUUGGCCUCUCCCCCACCUCCAUCAUCUCUCCUUCGAUUUCAAUCAACAUACUUCACACCAAAUCUAAUACUAAGACUGCUCUGCAAAUCUCCUCUCUCUUGCAGGGAUGCACCCACCUGAACCGUCUCAAGCUAGUCCAUGCCAAGAUUAUUGUCCACAGCCUGCAACAUGAUUCUCAUCUAUCGACCAAAACCGCCAUUUUAUAUGUCACGUUCCACUGCAUCGACUCUGCAAAUCUCCUGUUCCGAAAGAUACUCGAUCCAUGUACCUACUUGUGGAAUAUUUUGCUUAGGGGAUAUGCCACCGAGGGCCGCUUCCUCCAAGCCUUGAAACUAUACAACAAAAUGAUAGGUGCGCGCGUCAAGCCCGACAAAUUUGCUUUCCCUUUCGCUCUCAAAUCUUGUGCUGGAUUAUCCGCAUUGCAGACGGGGAAACAGAUACACCAACAUUUGAUCUGCUGCGGUUGCAGUAAUGACCUUUUCGUUGAUGCCGCUUUGGUGGAUAUGUAUUCGAAAUGUGGAGACGUUGAAGCUGCUCGCCUGGUGUUUGAUAAGAUGGCAGUGAGAGAUUUAGUUUCAUGGACUUCCAUGAUUUCCGGGUAUGCCCACAAUGGCUACAAUGGCGAGACUCUGCAGUUCUUCGAUCUCAUGAGGUAUUCCGAUGUAAAACCAAAUCGCGUUAGUUUGUUGAGCGUUCUUCUGGCUUGUGCUAAUCUAGGAGCUCUUAGAAAGGGAGAGUGGUUUCAUAGUUAUGUCAUACAGACGGGGUUUGGGUCCGAUAUCCUCGUUGCAACUGCCGUCAUGGAUAUGUAUGCCAAAUGUGGAAGCUUGGAGUUGUCCCGGCAUUUGUUCGAUCAAACGCUUGGGAAAGAUGUUGUCUGCUGGAGUGCGAUGAUUGCAAGCCAUGGAAUGCAUGGGCAUGGGAGGAAGGCGAUUGAUCUUUUUGGUCAAAUGGUAGAACAGGAUGUGAAGCCAAAUCACGUCACUUUCACUUGUGUGCUCUCUGCUUGCAGCCAUUCGAGGUUGUUAGAAGAAGGGCAGAGGUACUUCAAAUCAAUGAGCAACGAGUUUGGGAUUGUCCCAAAGCUAAACCAUUAUGCAUGCCUGGUAGAUCUUCUUGGUCGUGCAGGAAAACUCUUGGAAGCUGAAACGCUCAUAGAGAGUAUGCCAAUUGAGCCUGAUACAAGCAUAUGGGGAUCUCUGCUCGGUGCUUGUCGAAUAUAUGGUAAUUUAGAUUUAGGAGAGAGAGUAGCGGAUAAGAUCUUCCAUUUAGACCCCACUCAAGCAGGAUAUCAUGUUCUGUUAUCCAACAUCUAUGCUGCCAAGUCAAGAUGGGUCGAUGUUGAGAGGGUAAGAGAGCUGAUGGCUGGAAGAGGAGCCAAUAAGAUCCAAGGUUUUAGUUUGAUCGAGUUUAACAACCAGGUUUUCAAGUUUGGGGUAGGAGAUAGGUCGCAUCCUCAAUCGAAGAAGAUUUAUUCUUAUCUAGAAGAGUUGGCAGCUCCAAUGAGACAUUUGGGUUAUGUCCCUUUAACAGAUUUUGUGCUUCAUGAUAUUGAAGAUGAAGCAAAAGAAGUGGCACUCUCAUACCACAGUGAGAAGCUGGCCAUUGCAUUUGGCCUCAUCAACACAAAUCCUGGGAUUCCAAUUCGCAUCACAAAGAACCUUAGGAUCUGUGGGGACUGUCACAGUGCAAUCAAGUUCAUUUCAAAGAUCGUGAAUCGGAUCAUCAUUGUGAGGGAUAUGCAUCGUUUCCACCAUUUUGAGAAUGGUGCAUGUUCUUGUGGCGAUUACUGGUAAUAAAAACCAUGGGUGUGAGGUAUGAUGUCCAAAGUGGUUUUAAGUAUCAUUCUUAGUGAGAUCGAGAGGAUUCAAGGAAACAAUAUCUGCUUUAUGAAAGAGCUUAUUUGAUUAAGAUUUCAAAAUCUAUUUUCAAUUUGGAGUUGAUUUAGGAAUUAAACAGAUCGGAAUGGCAAAACAAGAUUCAUGUAGCCGACUCCAUGUGAUUGGGAUAAGGCGAUGGUAAUGCAACUAUUACCAAUUGAGUGGUAACGGAAGAAGGUACUUCCUGCUUAGGUUGGUCGUGCGUUGUUUAACACAGAAAUGCCGGAAGUUGUUUUCAGUCAUGAAAUUGCAGUUGACAGGAUUUUAUACAUCGCUGCUUUCUCCUCCAUCAAGUUUUUGCAUAUCUUCAGCCACCUACUACCAAGGCAUUGUCAUUGGUUUAUUAAAAAUUCUCUUGCUUUCUGCUUGAUUGACAUGAAGCUUCUUGUAUGGAAAGGAGUUGUAGAAAGAAAGGCAACUCAAUGAUAUUAGCGCUGCACGGAUGCUGGAAAAAUAAACUCUUAUCACUGGUUUCCUUGCCUGAUAAAGGUAAAAUGGAAAGAAAACAUACUGAACUCAAUGCAACUAUAAAUAUAAAGAAAAGCUUCAGACAGUAUACGUACAACAGCAGGGCUAAUGGAGGAAAAUGACUGUUCCACUGUAACAUGAUGGAAAUGUAAAGAUGUAAGAGGGGCCAAAGUCCUGUGAUUUACUUUCAAGGCUGGGAGCAUGGAUUACCAUUAGCUGUGGAGGGAUCAUUUGUUGACACUAUAGAGGGAUUUAUGCCUGUAAGGUUUAAUUCCUGGCAGCAAUUUGACGUAAUUUUGCUUUCAUAUUUUAUGUAGGAAAUUAUUAUAUGGUGAAAAAUGAAAGGUCAUGAUUAAACUUGUUUUUGCAAGACCUCUUAAUUUCAGUUGGAUUCAAUUCCUUAUCAAUGCUUUUCAUUGGGAUUGUGAAGAGACCGGACAUGAGAACUGACGAUUUGUACCAUCAGAAUUCCAAGCUGCUGUGUAUCUGGCUUCUGCAAUUUGUGAAGGAAGAAAGAACAAUCGCAUUAUAGUGUUUUUUAUUUACAAGAAAAGGCCAAAUUUACCAGAUUAUUGAUGCUAAGGGAUGACAAAUGAUGGUUGAUGAGACCAUGCAAGGCCUCCUUUGAGGAAAACCCUCCAAGUCACACGUAGGAGAGAACUUGAUGUGAUAUAUCAACAAGAAAACCUUCAUCCAACCAGGGACAGGGUGGGUUAGAGAGAGCAGCUCCUCUCCUUUUUUAAUUACUUAUUUCA